UCGUUGUUCAGUGCAUACAAAAAAUCGAGUCAAGUUGGUUAAAGAAAAUAUAAGAAAUAAGAAAAAAGAUAUAUUUCCACAGUUCCGUUGUAACCGAUUUCGAAUAUACUGAUAAAAUGGCCAACGGAAGGAUGUCCCGACUGUCUGUACUCUCCGAUAUUCUACAAGAAGAAGGUAAACGAAGAUUGUCAAAUGCACGAACGGAAUCCAAAAUAUCGAUGAGCGACUUGGAUGCAAGGACAACGGAUGUAGAAGCACGUUCGAUUGAAGAAAAAGUUAUGGCCGACGUAUUUACAAUGUCAUCAAGCAAUAUGGACAAUCAUAGGGAUCUUAUAAAUGCUCCAACUGCCGACAGACAUUUCGUAUUUAAAUGCGUAAGAAUGGAUACGUUGGACACAAUCUGCAAAGUGUUGGGAGAAUUUGUAGGUACCGCACUUCUACUAUUGUUCGCAUGCAUGGGAUUAAUACAGUGGACCCCUGGUCAACCAGAUUUCGUUGGUGGACUUGUUUUCGGUUUAACAAUCAUGUUCAUCAUUCAAGUCGUGGGCGCUGUCUCAGGUGCUCACAUCAAUCCUGCUGUAACAUUAGCUUCUUUCAUUUACGGAAAAAUAUCUGUUUUCUUGGCAUGUUUGUAUGUGGUCGCUCAGUUUCUCGGCGCAUUAGUUGGAUAUGGCGUGUUGAAAUUAAUGACUCCGGAGAGCAUAUUCCGCCCUGUGGGUUCAGUCGGCACCUGCAGUCCCAACCCAAAUCCCGAAUUGAAUGCAGGUCAAGUGUUCUUCUUCGAAUAUUUUGCAACCACCGUUCUUAUUACGUUGUGCUGUGCAGCGUGGGAUCCACGUCAUGCGAAGAAUCAAGAUUCCAUGGCAAUCAAAUUCGGUCUCUCACUUUCUAUACCGUUCAUUGCAGUGUCUCCAGCAACAGGAUGUUGUAUUAAUCCAGCCCGAGCAUUUGCACCUGCCCUGUAUAAUGGCGACUGGAAUAUGCAUUGGGCCUAUUGGAUCGCUCCAUUAUUAGCUGCUGUAGUGACGACAGUUGUUUAUAGAUUUUUGUUUUAUCGAGAGGAUACAGAGAAAAAGGAUAGCUAAACUGCGCGGUAUGAAGCUGCACCGAUAAAUACUUGUAUUAAUACUCAAUUGUCGUGACGUAUGAACUAGUCGAAUUCGAUUAUUUAGUCUUUGAAUUUGUAAGCUUUGCUAUGCAAUCAGCUUCAAGUGUAAAAUAAAUUGAAGAGUACAAAA